AUGCUGCUCGUCAAGGGCAAUCUGUACAAUACCAACUACACCAGCGUCGUCGGCAUAUCCAAUGACGAAAUCGCAUACAUCAGCUGCGACACCACCGACUACAACGGCUACGACACUGCGCAGGGCGUCUUCGAACAAACCUACUUGCAAGGCAAUAUCUCGGCAGUCAUACUGUAUAGCAGGACGUCAGACUACUGCAACUACACCCAGGACAAGACACAGGUCAUGAUGGACGAGUUUGCCAUAUACUCGAUGACGAAUAGAGCAGACUCGGCAAAGGUGCGCAACGACAUCAUCGACAUGCCGGCAGCCAUGAAGUACUUCGUUCAAGUCAAGGCGCGGGAUGAGGGGAACAACGACUCCGGCAACGGCCAGUACCAGCAGAACCCGUUAGGACCAUCGCCGUCGACCGCCGUCGCCAUGAUCAUUCUAUACAGUAUCACCGGCAUCAUCACAGCCUUGUUCCUCGUCAUCAUCAUCACCGGCGCCGUUCGCGCGCAUCGCCACCCCGAGCGAUACGGCCCUCGAAACGUACUCGGACGACCAAGGCAAAGCAGGGCAAGGGGAUUGGGAAGAGCUAUCCUGGAUACCAUACCCAUUGUCAAGUUUGGCGAGAAGGAGCCGGCGAAACCCGCUGAUGUCGAAUUGGGCUCGACGGCAGAAACACGGGAUGUGAAUGGCGUAAACACGGACACAGAAGCCCAAGCGAGCGGAGGAACAGCUGCGACCCAGCAUGAUACCGCUCCAGCUUCUGUGCCUGGUGCGACUGAGACAGCACAGGUCGUAACAUCGGACCCCGCGGAAGAGCAGCAAUCGGGCAUCGCGCCGGCACAACCUGUUGCCGCUGGUGCGACAACGGGUACUGACAAUGCUUCACCAGAUGAAAGUCUGGGAUGCUCGAUCUGUACCGAAGACUUCGAAAAGGGCCAGGAUCUCCGUGUUCUUCCAUGCGACCACAAGUUCCAUCCAGAAUGCGUGGACCCAUGGCUACUGAACGUAUCGGGCACAUGUCCGUUAUGGUAUGUUACUCCUCAACCUCACACACACAAACAUUGUACUAAUGUCUACCAGCCGGGUCGACCUCCGCCCAGUCAACUCGCGCGAUUCAUCGGGAUCGCAAGAAGAUGA